AUGUCCUGGAGUGGUGCCUCAACUUUUAACUUGAGGUUUCUUGCAAAUAAUCGAAUUAACAUGGACUUUGCAACUUUCAAGAAUUUGAAUCCAGAAGAAGUGAAGGGUCUGAGUGCCCAGAAUCUGAUCGACUUGCUUGGAUUUAACCUUCGAGCUCUUCGAAGUGGAGUGAAUGAAACCGUAGUUCAAGUCUGGAUAGCCUCGCACAAUGAGUCUGAAGUUCGGAAAGUUGGGCUGCUUGGAGAUUUUCCAGAAGCCCAGCCUACUGACAGGCCUGAUAAUGCCACAGUUAAUGAUACAAGAUUGUGUGCCGGUGUGAACAGUUUGGCUUUGAACAAUUUCCUGACUAAAGUUAACACAAGCCAUACCUGCAGCUUCAGUAUUGCACAGUUUGCUUGCGCAGAGACUCCUCUGCUGCUUUCACAUCUAAGCAGUGACCUCUUGUCAGACAUCUUUCUGUGCUUCACUGGUCCAAAGGCUCUGAAUAGGUCAGAUGAAACUGCCCUGACUGUUUUCCUUCAGAAGCUUGACAGAGCCACAUUGAUGGAGGCACUGCACAUGUUCAACAACAGGACUCAGAACAUGACAGUAAUUCCCCUGAUGACAAAGAUCACAUUUAUGAAUGCCCUGUGGGAGGCUGUGAGAACCAGUGAAAACUUAACAAGUACCAUCUUCCUGAGAAAGUGGUUCCAGAGGCAAUUCCGGCCGUUCAUUGCUGGCAUUUCUCAGUCAGUGCUGAGACCUCUUCUGAGAAGAAAUCUAAGCUGUGAAGGUUAUCGAGCAGUCCUAAAUGGCCUCAAUUAUGGAUUCAGCGAUAUGCCACGUGAAACAAAAGAGACCGUGCUGAGAGUAUGGAUCCUUGGUUACCUCAACAGCACAGCGUUCCCACCACGUUGUUAUGUAAAUGGUAGCGUUACAGUCUACCUGAACAGCUAUUUCCAAAGUUUCUCCAAAUUGCUCAAGCUGACAGAUGCAUUUUUCCUCGUUCCUGAGUUGCUCAAUGUUACUGAUCCCCGUGAAUUGGCUGAUGUGCUGAGCAUGCCAGGGUUCAUCAAUAACAACCAGCUCCUGACCUCAGUGUUGGUCUCCAUCCAGCCCAUUCAGAAACUGGCUUCAUUCAUAGAUCAAUUCAAUGAAAACACCCAAAAGAGUAAACUGUCUCCUGCUAAUCGAGCUGCAAUCAUCGAGGGUGUGUGGCCUCAGUUUACCAGCAGUUUAGCUGCACUAAAUGACACUGAGGUAGAUAAAUGGCUUAAUUUCAGGCUGACACCAUAUCUGCCAUUUAUCACCUUUCCCCUCUUGUUUUCCGACAACAGCCUGAGGAUUGGGUGCCUGUCCUACCAGAAAGUCGUAAGAGCGCUGAAUACUCCGUACAAAGAACUUACUGUGGACAAACGGAAGGAAAUCUAUGAUGGCAUCAAAUCCUACCUGCAGCAAGAAGCCAGACCGAAAUGUUACAAUGCUCGUGAUCCAGUCCUGAACUCCACUGCGUGGUUCUCUCAAUAUCUGGGACUGUAUCUGAGUCAAGUCUCACUCUCUGACCUUCAAUCAUUCUCCGAAAAUGAAACAUUGCUUCAAGUGUUCGCAGCAAAUGCAGAAAACCUGAAACUUGUGGAAAACUUGAUGUUAUCGGAUGAGGUCUCAACAGCCUACAUUAACUUACUGGUUAAAAACAAUCCAAACUUUAAUGCUUCAAGUCUGCCAAACUCCCUUCUGUGCUUCAUUACCAAAACUAAUCUGCUUCAGAAAUUGACUGCACAGCAAACAUUGUCUUUAGUCGGAAGGAUAAACAAAGUCUGCGGACUUAACCUAACUUCCAACACGUCUACCGAUGGUACAGUACCUCCCGAAGAGCCAACAGAUGAGCAGUUGAAGUUGGCAGUUGUUCUAGUGGGCAAAAUCGACAACUUUUCAGUCAGCACUUUGAACACCUUGGGGCAAACUGCUGUUGGACUGUCAUUGUCACAGGUUGACAAUAUUGAUGGGAACACUCUGGAGCAAGCCCUGCCAAGUCUGGGCAACGUCAGAGGCUGGAACAUUGGCCAGACUAGUUCAAUAGUGAACAAGUUACUAACGAAUGGCUUCAAGGUCAAUAACUCAAGUCGUCUGCUGGGUCUGGGAAGCCUGGUGUCUGGAAUUCCCAGUGGUGUGUUCCGACGUAUAAAUCCUCAGAUAUUCAUCAGUGUUAUCUCAAAUGAGAGAUUUGUUGAGAAUAUCGGCAGAGCACCACAACCCAUACGACAGAUCUGUGUUCUGCAGGUGCUGAGGAAUGUGGAGAAUCCAGUGACAACAGUGAAGGCAAUUCCAUCAGUUCUUGCCGCAGAGGUUCCACCUGUCCUGUUAAAUUCCAACCUAAGCCUCGGUGAUGUUAACAAUAAAGAGUGGACUCCCAGUCAGUCCGCUGUGUUCUUUGAAAGGCUGGUCAGAUACAACAACAAUUUUGAGAUAUUUUCAGUGGCUGUCCUGCGAGGUUUCAGUUGUGGAGCAACAAAAGCCCUGGAUUUUCAGAGAUUUUUGAAGCUUGUUCAAGCAAUGAAGGUUAAAGGGAUUAUGCUUGAUGAAAGUCAGCUUGAGUGCAUUUCUGGCAGACUCGCUUCUGAAAGUAUGGAAGUGCCCUUGGACGCCUUGCCUGGGGAUGUUCUGCUGUUCAAUUAUCAAUACUUCAGGGCUUCAUACGAUUGCCGGGAUUUCUACAAACUAGUUGGGAAAUCAAAUGUCAACAUCUUAAGAAAAGUAUCAGUGAGAGAGCGAAAUAUUCUGAAUGAUGCCAGAAUGUGUUUGGGAAUUAUGAACAGAAACCUGACCAAGGAAGACUUGACAAUACUGGGUGGAUUGGUCUGUGACAUUGAUGGAUCUGUUAUCAGGGCAUCUGAUCUUUCGGUUCUGGAUGCCUUAAAGAAUUGUGUCUCCUUUAGAGAUGAUCAGAAAGAGGCAAUUGAAAUCCUCCUGAGAAGUGGGAAGAGCAGAUAUGGUUUACCUUCAUCAUGGUCGUCAUCUACAAUACAAGAGCUUGGAAAUCUUCCUUUGGCAUUGACCGCAACAUGGAGUCAAAUAAACAGGCCGACCCUUAAACAAGCUCUGCCAAGAUUUCUCAAGAAAAUAAAAAGAUUCAGAUCACCUGGAGAUGUGCUGAUAUUUAUUGCUCAGCUCAAACUACAAAGAAGCUCAAACAAUACUAGUGUCUGCACAGAGGGAGUAAUAGCACCAGAAGACAUUGAUGACUUCAUACCUGCAGUCUAUGAUGCUGCCCAGUUGGACAUUUGCUUGAGUGACCAUGUGCUGAGAGAUGGUGUUCUCCAAAUAGGAUCUCUUGCCUUUGACCCAACUCAGCUGAAAGUUCUGAAAAAGAAACUCCUGCAGAUUUAUCCCAAUGGUCUUCCAGAAAGCCAGAUUCAACUGCUGGGUAACAUCUCCACUGUAUUUAACGCAACAGAAGUCCACAGUUGGAAUAUCACUCGAGUGGAAACUAUUUCUGCAUUACUGGCACACAAGCUGGAAAACACAAUGGUUAAAGCCAUCAUUGGAAGAUACCUGCAGUUAGAUGGUAGUCUUAAUGUAGUUUCUUUGAAAGCUAUUGGUGGAAACAACUUGUGCACUUUGGAUGAAGAACAGCUGAUGAAGAUUUCAAACCUGACGGAUGCAGGCGCUCUGGAUUUCACUGCGUGUUCUCAGCCCCUUAAGAACAUUCUUUACAAUCAGGCCGUCCUUGAACUGAAUGCUCAGCAACAAAACCCAAUCGCAUACUAUCAGCUGAUAAAGGUGUAUCUGGGUGGUGCCUCAACUUUUAACUUGAGGUUUCUUGCAAAUAAUCGAGUUAACAUGGACUUUGCAACUUUCAAGAAUUUGAAUCCAGAAGAAGUGAAGGUACAAAUUAUUGAUUGCAAACCUCUGAUUGCUUUACUAAUGCAAUGCUUUCAAUCACUUUAUUUGACAUCGCUUUUCCCAUCCUGA